UCAUUCCUUCACUGCUUGAGAGGCUGUCGUUGUUGUACGCUUACGCUCACGUGGAGAAGGCUUAUAGGUCAAAUUCAUCUUCUUUGCUGAAGAGUUCCACGAGUUUUUCUACCUCCACAUAGAAGAGUCAAGUUUUUUAGGAGGCUGUCAAAAUGGUUCCCGAGCAACAGACCGUUUUGCGACAGGAUGGACUUAGUAUGGAGUCUCAGACUCUUCACAAGGAGUUUAAGGAGUUUCCGGAGAAGGAUUAUUCUUUGAAAAUUGAAACAGAGGAUGACAGCGAUGACAUGGAUGACAAGCGUCUCGGGAGAAAACGUAUGUAUGAAUAUGACAAUGAUUCCCUUCCUAACGCUAAGAAAGCUCGUUCCAAGAAGAGUCCCCAGACUCCUGAAGAUUUGCAGACUCAGCGGUCUCUUGCCAAUGUCCGAGAAAGGCAAAGGACACAGUCACUGAACGAAGCAUUCUCGUCCCUCCGAAAAAUUAUCCCCACUCUACCGUCCGACAAAUUGAGUAAGAUCCAAACAUUAAAACUUGCAUCCAGAUAUAUUGACUUUUUGUACCAAGUUUUGAGAAGUGAAGAUGUCGAUUCAAAGUUAGCAAGUAGCUGCUCAUAUGUUGCCCAUGAAAGACUUAGCUAUGCAUUUUCUGUAUGGCGAAUGGAGGGGGCGUGGUCGGUUAACGGACAUUGAAGCCGGACGCUGGAGUGACCAUUAAUCUCCGAUCUCUACGAGGGAGAAAUAUAAGAUCUCUACAAGAUUUACCGGGGCAUCUAUUCCAAGGACAGGACGUUUCGAUAAUGACAAUUCUUGAAACGGCCAUGGAGAUGACUGGAACUAAGAACAGACAUUUGGAGAUCUAAACCUCGAAUACCGAUCUCAAAUUCAUUCCAAGCCCUGCUGCGUGGAGCGAGUGUUUUGGAACUCGAUACUCUGCUAAUCUACUGCGACAGAGGACCUCGAUGACAGAACACGCUAUUGGUAAGAUGCGAGGCACGAGGGCUCUGCUCUGGACUGGUCUGAAGGACAUUUGUUUACACGUGACUAUCACAUAGUGACGUAACAGGUGAUAUUCCAGUUACGUGAGCAUAAUGAGAUUUUGUUGACCUUUCUGUAACAUCCCCAGAAUGAAGGAUGUUUUCAAAAGCGUUGUGUGAAUGUGAAUGAUUGAAACUGACAUGAAAUGAACGCUGAAAUCGCAAGAUUUUGGAAGUGACAAUUGUGCUGAAGUGGUGUUAUGUGACAGUUCGUGAAACCGACUUUAUGAAAGUGUUAUGACACGAUUCACAUGAAAUGUACGUAAAUAUGUACAUGCAAAUAUGCUAUACAGAGCGACUUGGAAAUAUUUGUGAAUUUCCUCGUGACGAUCAGCUGCCUCCCGAGAGUGUGUUAGAUUCAGGACGGCGCUAUCCAGAAUGCGAGUUGUUGAUAAUAUUAAUUCUGAUUUUAGUUGACAAUCCUAUUGUUUGUGCAUUCCAAGUUAUUGAGACUUUUGAUAAACAUGUGUGCAGUUA